AUGACCUCUGGCAGCUUGAAGCAGGCGGCUGAAUCAGCUCGGAACAAGGUCUCCGAGGUGAUGAAUGCCGCCAAAGGCAAUGGAGCCGCCAAGGCCAACGAGUUCCUGCACACCCCCUUGAUGAAGGCUGCGUUACCCUUCAUCAACGGCGGCAUCAGCGGCAUGGUGGCCACGAGCGUCAUCCAGCCCGUCGACAUGGUCAAGGUCCGCAUUCAGCUGGCGGGAGAAGGAACCUCGACCGGCCCCAAGCCCACCCCCUUGUCCGUCACUCGACAGAUUGUUGCCAGUGGCAAGGUUCUUGACCUGUACACGGGCCUGUCAGCCGGCCUCCUCCGGCAGGCCGUCUACACCACCGCCCGCUUGGGCUUCUUCGACACCAUCAUGGGCCGAAUGGCGGCACGGGCCAAGGCCCAAGGGCGAGAUGUCGGCUUCAGCGAGCGGGCGACAGCGGGUCUGACGGCCGGAGGCGUUGCUGCCAUGAUUGGAAACCCUGCAGAUCUGGCCCUGAUCCGGAUGCAAAGUGACGGCCUGAAACCGUUGGCUGAGCGCAAGAACUACAAGUCGGUCAUCGAUGCACUUGCAUCAAUUGCCAAGAGCGAGGGAGUAGGCGCGCUGUGGGCUGGUGCGGCCCCGACGGUGGUCCGAGCCAUGGCUCUGAACUUUGGCCAGCUUGCCUUUUUCAGCGAGGCCAAGGUGCAGCUCAAGAAGAACACCGACUUGUCAUCGAGGACGCAGACGCUCAGCGCCAGCGCCAUUGCCGGCUUCUUUGCGAGCUUCUUCAGCCUGCCCUUUGACUUUGUCAAGACGCGACUGCAGAAGCAACAAAAGGGUCCGGAUGGAAAGCUGCCGUACAAGGGCAUGGCCGACUGCUUCGCCAAGGUGGCCAAGCAGGAAGGGGUCCUGAGAUUCUAUCGCGGCUUCAGCACGUACUAUGUCCGGAUCGCCCCUCACGCGAUGGUGACACUGAUUGUGGCUGACUAUCUCGGCUGGCUGACCAAGUAG